CCACCGCUCGCCCGCCCGCCCGCUCGCCACCAUGUCCCGGGCGAGGCCCCCGGACGAGGUGGAGGAGGACGAAGAAGCGGGCCCCGCUCUAAAUGGCGGGCUCCAUGCUUCGCCCCGAAUGCUCAGCUACAGCGAUGCCCUGCUGUCCAUCAUCGCCACCGUCAUGAUCCUGCCCGUGGCCCACACGAAGAUCUACCCAGAUCAGCAGUUUGACAAAAAUAUACAAAAGCUUCUAGCAACUAAAAUUGCAGUCUACCUGAUGACAUUUUUAAUAGUAACCGUGGCUUGGGCAGCCCACAUAAGAUUGUUUCAGGUAAUCGGACAGAUAGAUGAUACGCUUGCUUUGUUGAACUUGGCCUGUAUGAUGAUCAUUACUUUCUUGCCUUACACAUUUUCCUUAAUGGCGUCUUUCCCGGAUGUGCCUUUGGGGAUUUUCUUAUUUUGCAGUUGCGUUGUCACUAUGGGUGUCAUUCAGGCGGUGAUAGUAGUAUAUGGUUUUCACUAUCCACAUUUACUGAACCAUCAGAUAUGGAGAUCUGAAAAUAAUCUGAAACAUUUAUACAAGCAGCACAUCUUAAAAAUUAUACUAAGAGGACCGGCUUUCUGUUUUUUGGCAGCCAUCUUCUCCUUUUUCUUUUACCCCAUGUCUUACCUUCUUCUUGGGCUUGUUAUCUUCCUUCCGUACAUCCACAAGUUAACUAUGUGGUGUAAGGACAAGAUUAUUGGUCCAAAGGAAGAAGAGCGUCGUCCGAGUUUGGACUUUUUUACUUUUAACAUCCAUGAACCCCUGAGCAAAGAGCGUGUUGAAGCAUUCAGUGAUGGAGUUUAUGCUAUUGUAGCGACCCUGCUCAUUCUCGAUAUAUGCCCUGCACUGACACUGGCUCCAUGGACUUCCUACUUUUGCUAUUCCCACCGCCGCUCCAUGAUUUUAACAGUGGGAAACAGAGAAGGAAGGAGUGGGCAUUCAAACCGGGCUGCAGGACGACCAGGAAGAGGAAUCUCCGUUUCCAUGCAAGCGGGCCCGAGAACGACCCGCGAUCUAAUCCUGCCUCCGCCACUUGUCUGCCGUCUGACCUUGGGAGCGAGUUCAAACUGGACCACAUUGCCACCGCCUCUCUUCAGAAAAGUCGUCAUUGUGUUGAUAGAUGCUUUAAGGGAUGAUUUUGUUUUUGGAGCAAAAGGAGCACGUUUCAUGCCCUACACUAACCAUCUUGUAGAAAGAGGAUCAUCGCAUAGUUUUGUAGCUGAAGCAAAACCUCCCACUGUCACUAUGCCUCGAAUCAAGGCUCUGAUGACAGGCAGUAUCCCUGGCUUUAUCGAUAUUGUUAUGAAUCUCAAUUCUCCUGCACUAUUGGAAGACAACUUGAUUUGGCAGGCAAAAGCGGCUGGAAAAAGAAUAAUCUUCUAUGGAGAUGAAACCUGGAUUAAGUUAUUUCCAAAGCAUUUUGUGGAAUACGAUGGAACAACCUCUUUUUUUGUGUCGGAUUUUACAGAGGUCGACGAUAAUGUUACCAGACACUUGGAUAAAGUUUUGAAAAGGGAAGACUGGGAUCUGUUAAUCCUUCACUACCUAGGAUUGGACCAUAUUGGUCAUUUGACUGGACCAAAUAGUCCAUUGGUUGGACCGAAGCUUAGUGAAAUGGAUAAUAUACUAAAGAAGAUUCACACUUCACUCUUGGCCAAGGAAAGUGAGGCUUCUUUGGCCAAUUUGCUCGUUCUCUGUGGAGACCAUGGGAUGUCUGACACAGGCAGCCACGGAGGCUCGUCAGCGGAAGAAGUACAAACACCGUUGGUUUUUAUCAGCUCUGACUUUGAGAGUAAAAGCCAUAACAAGCAUCACAAGCUUGUACAACAGACUGAUUUGGCUGCAACGCUAGCAGUAGGUCUUGGUUUGCCAAUUUCAAGAAAUAGUGUGGGCAAUCUAAUACUUCCAAUUAUGGAAAGGAAGACGAUAAGAGAACAGCUCAGAGUCUUGCAUUUAAAUGCAGUUCAGCUGAGCAAACUUCUUCAAGAGAACGUGGCUUCAUACGAGAAAGACCUUGGAUUUGAGCAAUUUAAAAUAGCAGAAAAGUCUCAUGGAAAUUGGAUCAAGCUUUACUUGGAGGGAAAUAAUUCAGAAGUCCUUUUAAACCUCGGCAGGAAGGUCCUUAAGCAAUAUAUAGAUGCUCUGCGGACCUUAAGUUCAUCACUAAGCAAACAAGUAGCACAAUAUGACAUGUACUCGAUGCUGGUCGGAACUGUCAUUGUCUUGGAGGUUCUCCUGCUGCUUUUGCUCAGCAUUCCCAAGGCACUGUGCAGUAGCGCCGAAUUUGAGGUCCCACUGUCAUCUCCGUUAUUUUCUCUGCUGUUCUAUUUGUUGUUCCUGGUGCUUUCCGCCGUUCACGUCAUCGUGUGCACGUCAGAUGAGAGUUUAUGCUAUUUCUGCAGUAUAUCUUGGCUGAUGGCACUUGGAGUGAUGAUGCUGAUUUCUGCCCUUUUCUGCGGAAUUUUAUCUGCCCUCGGAAAGGCAUUUGUGACCGUCAGACUUCCAACUAAGAAUCCAGCUGCCUCCAGUUCCAGCUGGUCGGAAUUAGAUCUGCUUAUUUUGAUAGGAACUAUUGGCCAUGUUUUGAGUUUGGGUGCAAGCAGCUUUAUAGAAGAAGAACAUCAAACCUGGUAUUUUCUCGUCAAUACACUUUGUCUAGCUCUAUGUCAAGAAAUCUGUAGAAACUACUCUCUUGGAAAAGAAACUGAUCUUCGGCUUCACUCGCCUGGGAAGUUAGGCUCUGGAUAUUCUGAGGAACUACACAAAAGCGACUGGACCGACGAACUAGAGAAUGAUAAAAAAAAGGACAGGGCAUCUGGCGACCUAUUCGAAGGCUAUGAAAAGUGGAUGGGAUUGGCAAGUCCUUGGAUCAUUCUCAUCUGCUGCCGAUUACUCCGUUCAUUAAAUCAGACAGGAGUUCAGUGGGCUCAUCGGCUAGACUUUGGACACUGGCUGACCAGUUCGGACCACAAAACAGAACUUUCAGUUCUGGCGGCCAUCUCCCUCGUUAUGAUCUUUAUUUUGGUUCAGAGAAGAUGCUCUCUGGUUUCCAAAAUAGCGAUGGCGCUUGGGCUCUUGGGCGUCUAUAGCUACCGGGCAGCCAUUGGAAAUGUGGUAUUUCCAUGGCAACAAGACAGCAAGGAUAUUUCCAAGGGUAUUAUCGAAGCUCGUUUUGUUUACGUCUUCGUCCUUGGCAUUCUCUUCACGGGGACCAAAGCUUUACUUCAAUCCCAAGUAAUUCCGACGGACUUCAACAUCAAGAGUUUAGGCUUGUGGGAAAUUUAUUGCGGAUUAGUUCUCUUGGCAUCGUUGCUGUUUCGACCUCACAAUCUUCCGGUUUUGGUAUUUUGCCUAUUGAUUCAAACCCUGAUGACUAAAUUCAUCUGGAAGCCUCUCCGGCUCAGCACGGCUCAGAUUACUAUCAUGCACUAUUGGUUCGGCCAAGCAUUCUUCUAUUUUCAGGGUAAUUCAAAUAACAUCGCCACAGUGGAUAUUUCAGCAGGCUUUGUUGGCUUAAACAGCUAUAUAGAAAUGCCAGCAAUUUUCCUGACAGGAUUUGCUACGUACGCUGGACCCGUGCUCUGGGCCGUUCACUUGCUGUGUUACUUGAGCUCUGAAAUUAACAGGAGCUCGGCGAUGAGUCACGGUUGCUUCUGCUACGCCCUGAUUUGUUCCAUUCCAGUCUCGGCCUAUAUCAUUUUGGUGACGACCCUACGCUACCACUUGUUCAUAUGGAGUGUCUUCUCUCCAAAACUUCUUUAUGAGGGAGUGCACCUAUUCAUUACCGCGGCUAUCUGUGUGUUUUUCACAGCCGUGGAUCCGAAGCAGUCGCACAAAAUCCAGGACUGAGAGAGGAAACCACUCUUACGGGCAGAAAUCUCGAUCCCCGUUGAUGACUGACUGGAUUUGAGCAGUGGGAGGUCAUUUUAAACGUAGACGUGACCAUUCUAGAAAAGUAGCACGAAUGAUCUUCUGUUGGUGAAUUCUACGGGUAGUUACGGCUCUUCUAUUUCCUUUAACUCUUGCAUUGGAAUUGAGAUAAUGCUCCCUCACGCAAUCGGUCUGUUUUUCACAAGGGUUUGGUUCAUUUCGAGAUGUGAAAUCUGUGUAUGUAUGGUGGUGAUUUUUCCUUCACGAUGGCCCCGGAGACUACUGAAUUAAAGCAUCUUCGAUCCAACUUUAUGUUAUAUCUUGGUAAAGAGAAGCCCCGAACUCUGCCACCCAAACUGCUGAAGUGUGUGGGGAUUAGUGUGGUACUUAAACUGGUUUAUAUGGGGGAUGGCCUUCCAAGCGGACUGUGGGGUUUGCUCCACUGGGGAUUUUUUCCUGUUCUGUAAGGUAUUGAUGAUUUACAAAAAUCUGUAAUAAAGAGCUAAAGAAGCCUGUA